ACUCCGGGCGUCCCGCGUCCCUCGCCCCGCGCUCCGGGGUCUCCUUUCCCAGGACGCCGCGGGGCCAUGGCUGCGGGAUCCGAACUUUAAACACUUCUCCCCGGACCGGAGCAGAUGCGCAAGGCGCGGAAAGGCUCGCUCGGCCAUGGACUGUAGCUGCGUCUCAGACCUUCUCUUCGCCCCGCCUGCCCUUCCGGCUCUCUGGACCCCUGGGUUUGCCUUCCCAGACUGGGCCUACAAGCCCGAGUCCUCCCCUGGCUCGAGGCAGAUCCAGCUGUGGCACUUUAUCCUGGAGCUGCUUCAGAAGGAGGAGUACCAGGGUGUCAUCGCCUGGCAGGGGGACUACGGGGAAUUUGUCAUCAAGGACCCCGAUGAGGUGGCCCGCCUCUGGGGCAUCCGCAAGUGCAAGCCCCACAUGAACUAUGACAAGCUGAGCCGGGCCCUGCGUUACUACUACAACAAGCGGAUUCUCCACAAGACCAAAGGGAAGAGGUUCACUUACAAAUUCAACUUCAGCAAAGUUGUUCUUGUUAAUUACCCACUGCUGGAUGUGGCUGCCGCCGCCACCGGCUCCCCACUCCUGUUGACCCCAGGUCCCUUUGGGGGGGCACACGGGCCAGAUGCUCCACCCCUGACCCCUGAGACCCUGCAGACCCUGUUCUCCACCCCACGCCUGGGAGAGCCAGGGGGUCGGGCACCCCUAUUCUCCCCAGAGACGGAUAAACUACGUUUGGACAGCCCCUUCCCAUUCCUGGGUUCUGGUGCCACCGGCUACUCCAAGCCCCCAGGCCUGUUGGGUCCGUAUGGCCGAGCCUUCCCUGAGUACCCCUGGAACUUUAACCCAUACCUCACCGGCCCCUUCCCCAAGCUGCCCCCCUCUCUCUACCCACCUCACUUCUACCCUAACCCUUUGGGUUCCCUGGGCCACUUGCCCUCUGCAGGGGCAGGGGGAGGCCCCAUGGCUGCGCCCCUGCUUGCUGCAACAGGGGAGGGCCUGGGCCCUGAGCGCCCCUCGGGGCUGGCAGUGGCCCCUCGUCUGGCUCUGCCGGGGGCUGGAGGUCCAGAGGCUGCGCUGGGUGGGAAGGAGGACAGCGACUCCGAGCUGGAGAUCACGGACGUCAGUGGCUGCAGCUCUGACAGCGAAGGCGAUGAGGGUCUACACGUGGCCCCCAAGACCAAGUCAGGCAAAGGGGGGAGCGGCAGCUGAGCAGGUGCAGGGUGGGUUCCGUGCU